AUGACUAGAGUCUUCAGGGAUGUUCUGAAAUAUGUUCACAAAAAUAAUGAAUACGGUGAAGGGUCAUUACUCAAUAAAUCUAAUUUUAGUAACCUGUUUCCAUUCUUAUAUUUCGACCUAAGAAAACAAAAAAUGGACAUUAAGGAUGGCACCACAAAACUGACAUUUAAAUAUGAGCUAUCUGGAACAACGACAACAGCCUACUCAAUUUACGCAUUAACAUUAUAUGAGCAAGAUGUUGAGCUAAUACAGAAAGAUGGCAAAAUAAUACUCAGAUCGUAAAUUGAAUAUGGUUAAAAUUAUGUAACGUAUAUUAUAUAUAAGUAAUGACGAAAUAUUAUCCUUACGGUGUGUCACUUAGUAAAGGACAAUUGGAAAAGCUUUCGAGAGCUUAUAAUAAUAACUCAGCAAUAACCAUCAGAUUAGCCAGAAAUGAGUUAUCCGGUCCACACGAAUUAAUGCUCACAAAAACUCAGAUCAAUAAGCUGAGAAAAGCAAUGAGUCAGGGUACAGGAUCGGAUAUCAAAAUAUCAAAGACACAAAUCAGAAAGGCUGUUAGACAGGGUGGUAGUUUGUGGGGAUCAUUAACCAAUUUAGGAAGCAAGUUAUUACCUAUGGCAAUGCCCCUAGCCAAAAAAGCUAUCGCACCGCUUGCAACAGGAGCGUUAUCAGGAUUGGCCAGUUUAGGUGUGGAUAAAAUAUUCGGGAAAGGUCAACAAGGAGGUUUUCUUAUUUCACAGGAAAAAAUAGCACAAUUGAUUGCGUACAAACAUUUACUAUCCACAGGCCAGAAAAGGGAUAUUCUCAAUGCUCUCCAAACUGGAAACGGAUUAGUUAUCAGACCGACGAAUACACAGCAGGGUGUUUUUUUAGGAACUCUGCUAGCGAGUAUAGGAGUCCCCCUGUUACUAAAUGCAUUGACGAGAAAAGGACUGCAGGCUGACAGAACCGGUUCCGCUAAUACAACAUCUGUUUAUGUUCCCUAUACAGCUAAUGGUCAUGGAAUGUAUAAUCCGUAUCCUUAUAUGUCACCACCCUUCUUUGGAACAUGGGAAAAUCCAGUUGGUAUGGGAGUAAAAAAAAAAGAAAGGGAAAGGGACUGCUGCUCGGAAAAAACAGCCCAUUCAAUUCAAUCCCAAUUCUAG